AUGGCGGACCAAACGCCGCCGAUCCUUUCCGGCACUUUAACCAAGAGAGGCGGGAAAGACUUGUACGGCAAAAACACCUGGCGGUUGAGGCAUUUUCAAUUACAUCUCGCGAGCGAGAAAAAAUUCUUUCAUCACCAGCAACGGUUUAAUGACGAGGAGGAAAAAGACGCGGACGAGGAGGAAGAGAGAAGAGCUUUUAAUAAAAAGGAAAAGUCGACGCUGAAGUAUUACGCGUCCGAGCCGACGCACUCGAGGCAACAACCGAAAGGCAUGUUCGAGGUGACCAGUAAGAGUACCGUUGUGACUUUAGAGGACGAGAAGAUUCUCGAGGAACACGGCUUAGGGAGCAAAUAUUUAGGGAAGAAGUUGUUCGCGUUUUACUCCAAGAUGGACGUCUCCGCGAAAGAAAUCAAUUCAGGAGUUUCGAAUUCCGUGGUCGUUUGCGAGUGCGAGAAUCAGCAAGUGUUGCAAUCGUGGGUGACGGCGCUGAGCGACGCGAUUGCGCGAGAGCGGAGUCGGAAAGCGAAGAACGGGGAGAAGGACGGAAACGGUAGCGACGACGAGAGCGAUACGGAAGUCGACGCGAACGGGAGGAAAAGGAAAAGUGGUGGAGAGAAGAAGAAUUCGUUGCAAAGACACCAGACGAAACACGCGAGAAGGAGCUUCUUUAAAGGCGCGCUGGAGAGAGCGGGGUUGACGGGACCGUUGGGGGGCGUCGGGGUGCCCACGCACUUGGAGGCGGUGUGGGAGCAAAUCGCGUUCGUGGACGUCAUGGCGGACGACGCGCUCGGGUUUGACGAACGGUUAAUGCGCAUACGAGAUGAGAAAAUGGCAGUUAGAGAAACGCUAGAAACUAUGAGCGAUUCGUGCUCGACAAUUUCGAGAGCUUUGGGAAGUUUGCAAUUUCCGAUGUCGGUUCCGGAAACAAACGCGAUUAUGGAAGUCAGAAGAUCGUUGGAUGAUUUGACCUUGUUAUGUCGGCAAAUCCCCGCAGGAACGCAAGAUAACAACGCGUUUACUGCGUUUUUGUCCGUCUUUAUCGAUAGAGUGCGUUCGAUGCGUCCGGGUGCUUUAUUAAUGUUCCCGGGUGGGUGGUCCACGCAAAACGACGGGAAGAGUCGCGCGCUGAUUUACACCUUGCAACGACUGCAAGGCUCCUUUGUGUUUUCCGUGACCAACACGGGCGAUGGAUUAGAGUAUCAUCCCGUGAAAGCGGAUCCGUCCUCGGAUGGAUUUUUAUACGGGUUGACGACGCAAUUGACGGAAAUUCCAAUGGAUAUGUGUUUAGAUUCUUCCACUUGGGCUCUGUUACUUAGACCGAUUGUCCAUCCGCAGAAAACGGCUGAGAUUGCAAAAGACCAAAUUUACGCCAAAGUGUUGCCAAUGUUGAACGGUCGUCCGUUAUUCGCAUCGGUUGGUGCCACGCCGCUUCGGACGGUUCAGUUUGCACCAAAGCCAGCCGGUGGCGAUUUAUCGUUUUCCUUGUGCGCGUUAGAAGCUGCGAGGUGCGCGUUGUGCUCUUUAGGAUGCCCGCCAAAACGAGCAAACGCGUUAGUCGAGGUUGGCGUGAGACACGUCAUGUUAGAAGAAGCCUUGCGGAACGUUUCUGAAAUUUCGCUUCUGAAUACUUCCGCGUGCGUAGCUCUAGAAACUGCGUGUAAAACUUUAGCUCGAGUUGCGACGCCGUACGCGGAAAAAUUAGCCAAGGUGGAACGAGAAAAUGGAGGGCAAAACGCAGACGCGAGCAACGUCGGACCGGUGCCUCCGGAAAUCCUCGCGAGGAUUUUGAAGUGCGUGGAAGCGACAAGACUGAGAGCUGCAAACGCCCGAAGGCCGACGUUACUUCCGCCACCGUUAGCCUCACCGAUAGCGCCUAGAGAUGCGAGCAACAUGCAGUUGUUCGGUAAAAUUAUGCUCGAAGGCGGGACGAAUUUACUCGCCGGCGACGCCAAGCCGCCGCCGAUUAUUCGUCCGGUCGAGUUGUCCAUGGUUCCAGAUAUAGUCACUAGCGUAGAAGAAGCCGCACUAGCCAUGCGAAAAGCAGCACACUGUUGCUCCAUAUUGGCUAACCAAGCCGAUUUGACUACGAAUUCGUAUUCGCACAGAGUUGCGUUGUUGGUGCAUUUGUUCGUGCACGUUUUGCCUUGUCCGAUGCCGUUGACGCACAAAGACAGAGAGACUCACUGCUUUUGGCGGUCGGCGAGACCAAAGUACGAGACGCAAUUAGAGCUCGCCCGGUCUUUGAAUUUAUGUUUACGACAUUUCGCCACGGCGUCGAUGUCAGUUUCCGCCACGCGAUCGUUUGACGCCAACCGAUUGUUGACGUUGUCGUGCAUGGCGGCGAUUACCGACGCGACGUUGAGAAUGAAACCGUGCGAUUUCCCGAGCGUUUUUUGCGAGCAUUACGACGGCGUCAACGAAGGCCCGACGACUCUAUUUGGGUUUGAUACCGGUCCAUUUGCAGUGGAGGCGGAGUAUUUACGAUUUCACUGCCCGGAAAGAAUGACAAAAUUGACGAAAGUUUUAGAUUACUUCCAUUCGCUCACCGAGUCCGUUCAAUCCUCGCACACUUUGUUUCGAUGGGAAGACGAUCAACAAGGCAUGACUUUCGGCCCGGGAGAGGCUCGAUUAUUAGACCAAGUUGCUUUAGCGAUCGGCUACGAACGGUCGCCGGAUGCCUUGUCGAAUUACUUUUCUUGCGAAAACAGAGACAUGGCGGAUCAUUACCCGGAACUCGUGGCGUUGCGAGACUCUGUUUUCAUGUUCAAAGCGUUGAUGGCACCGACGAGCGAUUCGCUCCCGGACUUGCGUCGAUGGACGUUUCAAGAUUCUCAACUGAAUUGGAAGAUUGAGCGCGACGAAAGAUCCGGAGCGUAUAACCUCAAUGUCACCGCUUUCGAUCGUCAAAUGCGAGUUGCGCCUUGGGCGCGAGAGUUACGCAUGGUCGCCGAUAAAGAUGUCGACCCGAAAACAGGGAAAAAGAAGAGGAUAUAUGGGUUUCGCUCUGUCUUCGGAGGUGGUUUUUUAGCUAAAUCCAUCGGCGAUAAACGGCCGCGAUGUCCACCGUCCGGAGGGAAUCCGUCUAAUUUAGUCGGCAUGCGAAUCGAUACGGAGGAGGACGUUUUGCAUCUGCAAACGUUGCCGACGUUUGACGAUUUGCUCAAACCAAGCGAAACGGAACUUUUGUUGACGUACUUGACUGCGCCAAUGGUCCGCGUUCCGUUAUCUUUGAGACUAUUUGCGGACGCAACCAGGUGUCGUGCGUUAUCAUCGCACGAAAUCCAACAAGUUUUAGAUGCGGUUUUGUUUGAGCCUGGUCCGUGGCAACCGCCCGGGUUGGUCUUUGUCCCCCAAGAGAUUCCUGCGAGCACGAGACAGCAUAUGGCGACACCGUGUGGGGUUUUAUUCCACGAGCUCUCCCACGCGCCGGCGCCUUUAAUCGAUGCUGCGGAAGAGUUAUUGGCUUUAAGUUUAGAACUCGAUACCGGCAGGCACGACGCUCCAGCCGUCCCGGGCGUUUUGUUUUCCACGCGAGCCUUGACUCGAAUGCUCGCGUUUAUCACGACGCUGAUGGAGCAAGAACACAUCGAAGAUCCAAAGAUGAGAACGAGAGGCGUUCAGCCACCACCGAAAUCGAAAAAAUCACUAGAAAAUGCAAAAGAAAGAGUUAGCAAAGUAAUUUCCGCGCGCGUUCGUCCAGUUAUUCGACGCUGGUUGAACCGGGCGGCAAAAUGUGGCGCCGUGCGCGCUGCGUGCGCGUUGCACGCGCAUUUAGCGUACACGUAUUAUUGGACAAAACCUGAAGACUAUGACUUGGAAGCAGCGACGACGCUGUUUACUGCGCAGGCAUACAUAUUUGUUAACCAUGUUUUCUUGGACACUCCGGACGGUUCCGAAUCUAUGGAUAGAAAACUCGCGAAAGAUACCGGAGAAAACUUGAUGGAUUUAGGAUUCCCUCCGAACGAGAUUUUCGAUUUGUUCCAACGACAACGAAAAAAUAUGCUCGCGUGGGCGAAAGGAAACGAAAAAGAAUGCAACGAUGUCAUGAACGGCAUCGUCAUAGCGUUGACGACGCGUGAGAGCAGUUCGUCGGUGCCGUCUGCGCAGCAGGAGGCUACGGACGCUUCUGCACAUGACAGAGGAUGGCGGUUGUCUGGCGAAGGCCGGUUCGUGGCGCACCCGAAAGACGAAACUACCGAGGAGUGGCAAAGGAAAACGGAGAAUACUAAAAACGUUCUGUUGGAAGAGUAUGGCGAACACUAUGGGGAAUGGUUAUUGGCGACGACGACGCAAAACGCAGAGAUGGAGGUGAAUUGUCAACUCGGCGAGUUCACGGUCCGACGAAACCGUUUGCGGCCGCUCGAAAACGCCGUUCGAGAAUUGCCCGAUUUUGUGGCCGCAUUAGAUUCAGUGUUGAGAGAACGGAACGAAGAGUUUCGACAGAGGCUGUUGAAAGACGACGACGACGUGGACGAGGACGAUUCGUUCACACGUUUACUCGCCGCUUCAAACUCCAAGUCCAUCAUCGCCACAGUUUUGAAGAACACGGACGAGAUUGGUAAAAAAACGGGAGACGGAAAAUCACCGUUCGCUGAAUUCGACGCCUCGGACGAGGUUGUUCACUGCGCGGAAGUUCGCAACACAGAACAUCGUAAGUGGCUCAGGUUGGUUGGUUUGCGUCACGAUAUCGAAAUUUGGGAUCCGGAUCCUCGUGUGCCGACGCACAACUUUACCCGUCCGUACGCUACGAAUGCCAGCGCGGGCGCGAAAGUCAUGAACGUUUUGAGCGUGGUAGGUCUUGGUUCCGGAUCGGGUUUGACGGAGAAAGAACGGUGGAUUAUGGACCGAUUAGAGCCGAUUAUCCAUGGUCCCGCAGCGGCUUUCUUAAAAGGCGUUGAGUUGUUCCUUCCGUCCGAAACGUUCAAAGGACCGAUUGCUACCUUGCGAGGUGUCGGCGCGCCGGAUGUGGUCGCGCCCGAGGUACAAAAGUCCUCCUGGUGGUGGGGCAAAGCCACAAAAGUUCCGAAAACAUCGGUCGCGGACGAAGAAAAUGCGAAUAAACUGCUCACCGAAGUUGUCGUCGUGCGAGAUCCACCGUUGGUACAGGUCUUUCGCGUCGAGUCUUUCGGUAGACGCUGGAGAAGAGCGUUGGUGUUUGCCUCCAACGCCUCGUGGUGUCUCGCGGAUGUCGACCCAGACGGUGAGCCGAGUUUGAAGGACCCGAACGAAAGAUUUUUACUGUCUGCAGUUCGAUUAGGUUCUCGGGUGCAAUCUUUAGUCGUAACGAGACACAUUUCAAGUAAGCUCGGACGCCAAGCAUUUGUUCCUGAACGACACUUGCGAGGGAUAAUCCCGCAAGCGUUGUUGCAAGAUUACUCGUUUUGGCGAUCAGAAGUUACCGGAGAUUUGUACGGCACUGCUCGACCGACAGCUAAACACCCUCGAACAAUCAUUUACGUCCAAAUAGAAGGUGCUAAAGGUGCCACGACGCCACCAGCGGAGGAAGACCCGACGGUCAGCGCGCUCGACUCCGUUUUUAGCGGCUCCGCGAGCACUUCUAAAUCCGGUUUAUUCGUUGAUGACGCGCGAGGUAUCGUUCAUAGAAUCCCAAUGCCGACGAAAGACGCGAGUGAUUUUGAUUUCGAUCCACAAAGCAUGCCAGAAGGAACGCUUGUUUUAGUCGAUUUGUUGUACGCCGCGGCUGGACACACCUCUUCCGUGGAAGAGAUGGAAGGUGAGAACGAUGACGUGUCGAAUUUACUGAGCCCGCGCGCGGAGUCGAACGAAACGCGACAGAAUCCGUUGAAAGCGUUGGCAAGAUCGAUUGCUGCCGUAGAAGGGUUGGCACACGCGCUCGUUUGGGUCGAUAGAAAUACCGGUAGCGGAGCUGGUGGCUCAAAGAACAACAACGCGAGUGAAUACAUUCCCGUGCGAAGAGUUGAACUCCCUCGAUUAGGUAUUUCCUUUCACGCCGUGAAAGAUACGACGGCGAGUUCACAAACGCGGUUAGAGUGCGAAGAACACGCGGGUUUAUUUUUAGCUUCCGCAAGAACUCCAAUGUUAGAUCGCUUAUUAUCUGGUUUACCACACGCUAUGCUGUUAGAAGCUCGUGACGGACAGCUCGCGGUUUUGUUACCCGCCGGUGCUGCGCCGAGGCGUGCGGCGAUUGACGCUGUCGCAAAACUCGGCGCAAGUAAGGGUUUAGGCGCAGACGUCAUCGUCGAUCGUUGGGAUAUCGCGUGGCACGACGCUGUCGGUGACUCGAAACAUUAUGUAUACACGGUUCACGCUUCGCACGCGCAUCUAGUAUGCGAUUCCUUAGCAUCGGCGUUGUAUUUGUGCACCAUGCGAUUCCUGGCUCGAAGAUACGACGACGUGAAAAAACUCGUCGAUUUACUCUUGUGCGAGAACGAUCCUACGAGCGAAGAAGCGCAAUUAUGGGACGCAUUAGGUCUGGCCGCCAUCGAGGAUCCGAAUCCAGAUGCGUGCGCGGCUAGAAUUAAAAUUCUACGCGCCGCUAAAGGCACCGCCGCGAUGGAUCGUUUAGCCGGCUUAGGUUUCAAUGAAUCCGUCGAGUGUUUGAAGUACGUCCAAAAUUGGCGUGCGAUAAGUGCCAACGUCCGAUUAACCGCGGAAGAAGAACUAGAUGUUGUAGACCAAACGACCGCGAGUGCCCGAGUCACGGAAGCGCAACGAGCGAGUCUCCGAACUCGAAGAAAGAACAGAGAUGAGAAAACGCUCGAGGAAAUCAUCGCUUCAGAUCCGUUGUUGUUGAAUCGAGCCAGUUACUUGCGUUUGCUCGUUCAUCACGAACGCAAAUUGUUAAUGAACGAUCAACUGAACAACAGUUUAGGACAAACGCAAGGAUUUCCUCUCUUUUACCCGCCAAUACCGGAACACAGCGAAUUCGAUUCUAUCGAAGAUUUCUCCGUGUUCGACGAUGCCAUCACCGGUGACGGUCCGCUUGGAAAACUCGCCGGGUGGACAUCGAGCUAUUCACGACCGGACGAUGUUUCUGUCAACGGCAGUAACGGCCUAAACGCUGUCAAUAAAUGGAUUGAAAGCGGUUCUUUGGCCUUACAAAAAGAACACGGGUUCCCUUUACUCUUUGAGUUGCUCACGAGCACGGUGCAAUUGCGCGUAUUACCGGGCGACGACCCGCAUCGGUGGGGUAGGGCUUUGUUACGAUUCGUUCCGAAACAACAGAGCGAGAAAGCUGGCACUUUAAUGUCCAUUUUACGCGUGUUAGCGGCAAAUGCAGACAUUGCGAGGGAGUGUCCGCGCGCAGAAGAGCGGACGUUAGGCGUCAAACUCUCCGCCAUGUUUACGCAAGACGGCGCCGUCGGGCAACUCUUGAAACGUGUGAAACCGUAUUUGAAAGAAAAUCGAGACCGUUUACCGUCGCAAAUGAAUUACAUUGGCGAUCGCUACGCGUCACCACCAGCCUGUGAAAUGGUAAUCGACGCGUGGUAUCAAACGUUACUGAACGGUUCGAAGUGGGCGUUACCUAGAUUUGCUUCGGCGACGUUGCGACAACGUAAAUACCCGCUCGAGAACGAUCCGCAAGUAUUGCAAAAGUACGGCGCGAACAAUCUCGCAACCGUCGAUUUGAAUUAUUUAAGCUCGCAGCCGUUAGCGGUUAUCGAUUUAGCGUCAAUAAUAGUGCCUGUCGAGGACGAUCGCGCGGGAGAUGCGAUCCAAGGUUGCUUGGAAAAUGGUUCCGGAGGGUUACCAUUUGACAUGUCGAGACACCCUUCGUCGGCGACGCCAAUCGCGAAACAAACCUUGACAAGAUUACGGCAAGAUUUAAAAUCGAGUGCGGAUAGGAUUGCAAAGCAGAAACAGGAACCUGUGAAUGUCGCAACGAACGAGCUCACGUUAAAUGGAUUCACAUCUUUCGAUUGCGAGCAAAUUGCCAUCGAAGCAGCAGCGUCCAAGGCUGGUCAAGCGUCGAUCAACGCGCGAGCGGUAUUGCGCUCGAUACUUGAAAAGUUGGCCAAACAGGUUGCGCUCGAUCGCGCCGCAGCUUCAGAGGCUGCCAUGGUCGCUACGGCAACCGCAAACGGCCUGGAUAGAUCAGCCACUGUCCGUUUCGAAAUGCUUCGACUGGGUUUGCAAAGGCGCUCGGGCGCGUGGGCCGAAGCGACGUACGACGAUUUACUGGAAGCGAUGGCGUGCGAACACGGCGAGAAGAAUUUGUUGAAAAUCACCCCGGGGGUAACUUCAGACAAGGUGAAACAAGCGUUGCAUUUAACCGCACAAGCGUUGUUGCUAACCGCAAGAGCCGCGCAAGGUGCAAAAUGUGCUGCCGCUGCGGCAGAUACGUUAUUAGCAUUAUCAAAGUGCGCUAAAACCGUCGAACGUGAUGGGAAAGCAUCGUUAGCUUUGGAUUUAGGUUUACGCGCGAGAGGUUUGGCGAAGAUGUUGUGCGAGAAGAGAUCGUACUUUAAAAAGAGUGUGGUGGCGAACCGCGAGCAACAGCAGAAGCAAGCUGUCGCAGACGAACUUGAUCCGUUCGCGGAAAGUCCGGCAACGCCAUCGCCGACGUAUUUAACGUACGAUCCCCGAUUGUUAAUGUUUGAGUUUUCGCUGGCGAUUAUUUUGCGUCAGCGACAAGUUCAACUGACGAAACAAUUUGUUCAAUCCGCUGAGCGAGGUGGCGGUGAGUGCGCGCAAAUGCUCAUGGGUGAAGGUAAAACGACCGUCGUGUGUCCAUUACUUGGAUAUUUACUCGCAACGGAUACACGAAUGGUAUGUCAGGUCGUGCCGCACGCUUUACUUGAGUUUUCGCGAGGAACUUUACGCAAAUCCUAUUCAGGCGUUAUUCGGAGAUCAGUGGUUACUCUAAAAUUUGAUCGAUACACGACGUUGAGCGAUGGGAAGUUGCUCGAUGCUAUGCGCAAAGCUAGAGACGAACGAGCUAUUGUGAUCACUUCGCCAACGGCGUUGAAAUCACUCGCCUUGAAGUUUCUCGAGGCGUUACACUUGCUUGAUCAAUCGCACGUUGCGUUUGAAGAAUCGAGAAUGAACUCAAGUAUUUUGAAACAAUCAAAAGAUAUCGUCACAAAAAUGUUUGGUGUAAGAAGAGGCAAAUCGAGGUCCGAGCGCGUCGCCGAUGCCGGAGCUUUAUCGGAAGAGGAACUCGAGGCAUUGCGAAAAGAGGCAUUUUGCGCGUCUGAAAUUUUUCAAAUCUUCCACCAAGGUUUGCUCAUUUUAGACGAAGUCGAUUUGAUUUUGCACCCGUUGAAAUCCGAAUUGCAUUGGCCGUUAGGGCAAAGAAUCCCGCUAGAUUUUUGUCAAUCAAGGAUUGGUGAUGGAUUGCGCUGGAAACUUCCAUUUUUCUUAUUGGACGCGGUAUUUUCGUUGUCCAACGAGACAAAUGGAUUUAUGCCUUCCACGAAAGAAGCGCAAGGCUCGCAAGAAGCGACGGAGAUUUUGAAGCUAAUUCAUACUCGUAUAACGGAUGCAAUUAAGGAGAAAGCAGUACAAGCGGUGCCGCACGUGUGCGUGUUGGAUCGAAAAUGGUACCAUCAGUCGCUGCGACCGCUCCUGGCGAGAUGGAUUUCGGUAUGGUUAAGAGCGCACGGUGCGUUAAGAAACAUGGACGAUGAAACUUCCAUUGCAUUUUUACUACGAGGCGACAGAAGCGCUUCGACGCAGUUACAACGCGAAGCCGAAGAUGAAGGCGUGAAGAUGGCGAACCUCGCGCGAGACUGGUUGAACGCGUUACUCCCUCACGUCUUGUCCAAAAUCAACCGAGUUACGUUUGGUCUGCUCACGUUACACGACGUGAAAAAUUUGGAAGAAUGGACGCAGGCGUCGGUACCUUUAUCUCGAAGACUGUUAGCGGUCCCAUUUGUCGGUAAAGAUAUUCCUUCGAGAACGAAUGAGUUUUCGCACCCAGACGUGGUCAUCGGCUUGACAAUUGCGGCGUAUCGCAUCGAAGGUUUGCGCAGAUCCGAUUUUAAGAUUGUUUUAAAAGCCAUGCUCGAGCAGUUUUCGAACGAAGCUGGCGCGCAGCAAAAGCGACCGAGUUCGCUUAAGUGGGCGUAUUGGGUUCGGUUAGCCGGCAAAUCCGUGAGAGGCGAGGCGAGAGCUAAAGCGCAACUAGAGGCGAGGCGCAAAUCUGCGCAUCAAGGUACGCACUCACAUCUGAACGUCGGCAAAGUUUCCGGGUUUGACGCGUUACUCGCGGACAUUUCAAACGUGGAAUUGAAUCAGUCUUUAGAUGCUUCUUUCCAAUCUUCACCUUCGUGGUUGAACGACGAAAACGAAACGUGGCCGUUAAAUCUCGUGGAUAUGCGUGACCAUGAACAGGUUGAAGAAUUGUAUCAACUCUUGAGAUUGGUGCCGGAAGUCAUUGAAACGUAUUUAGAUACUUUCGUGUUCCCGGAAACGGCGAAGCAUCAGGGCAUGAAACUUUCCGCCACUGGACAAGAGCUCGGUGGUGACGUUUUGUUCCCCGUGCGUUUAGGUUUCUCGGGAACUCCAGCGGAUUUACUCCCGUCCGAGUUGGGCGCUCCGAAAUUUGAGCUUGGCACAGACGCGAAAGUACUGGCCACUUUAAGUGACCGAACCGUGGUUUCCUGUAACGACAUGUCAUCGGACUGGACCGUUGAUAAUAUAUUGAAAACCAUCGCAACCGCAGAGCCACCUUUGCACGCGUUGAUCGAUGCUGGCGCUUUAAUUACCGGUAAAAGUAAUCGCGCGGUGGCGAAAUUCUUAUUAGAAAACGGAUUAGAAUGGGCAGAAGGAUGCGUGUUUCUCGACGAAAAUGACGCACAAAUGAUUUUGAUGCGUCGCGGACCAUGGGAAGUGAUUCCUUUAGCGCGGGUUGCCGCUAUGCCGUAUUCCAAACGCUUUUCAUUUUACGACCAGGUGCACACGACUGGGAUGGAUAUCAAACAAGCUGCAGCGUCGCGAGCGGCGUUGACAUUAGGUAAAGAUAUGACUUUGCGAGAUUACGCUCAAGGCGCGUGGCGUAUGCGUGGAUUAGGAAAUGGACAAACUCUGGAGUUGAUCAUCACUCCCGAAGUAUCCAAACUCGUUGCCACGGAAGUUGCGAUUGGUGAAGGCCGAUUGCCACAAACGCGCAUCGCAGAAUUGCAAUCCAUGACGGACGACGAAGCAGAGAGAAUGCGAUUACGAGACGUCUUAGCGUGGCUUACCAUCAACACUAUGCGCGCAGAAAAUGUACAAGCCGGUUUAUUAGCUGAACAAAGAGCCGCAAAUGUCUGGAGGAAACACGCCUAUCGGCUCUUGUUGGAAAGAAACAUGACAGUUGGUUCCCAUAAAUGUACCGAUGAAACGCAAAAGUGCCUCGAUGUGUUUCGAGAACGCGUGACGUUCAUCGUCCAAAACGCAAUUCCUGAAAAAAUGUCAGCGUCAAGACGUCUCGCACAGUUGUGCAGACAAUACGAACACAUCAUCAUGCACAACGAAAAGGCGAAGGAACAUCUGCGAAAUAUUGUCGCCGAUGUCACGCGCAUGGAGGCGGCAACGUUGGAAGCAAAACAACGUGUCGCCAUGGCAGCCGCGAACAACGACGGUUCCGAAGCCGCUGGUGAUCUCGGCUUCGACGGUGCCAAUGUCGAUAGAGUUUUGCAAUCCGAACAAGUUCAAGAAAACGAGCAAGAACAAGAAACCGAACAAGAACAAGAGCAAGAGAAGGAGGAAGAAAAGAUGGAAGAAAUCAUCGAAGAAUCCGCGGCGGUUGUGAAAUACUCUCGAGAUGACGAGACGCAAAUCGCUUGGAAGUUGGACGAUCUCGCCGAGCCGCAGCGGUUACCGUUUUACAAAAUGCAAACGUUCAAGGUGUACCAACCAGGAAUGAAAUUAAAACACACCGAUCCGCUACCGUUUCCAGAUUACUGUUGGUUGAGUAAGAAUUACUUCAAACCUGGAUGGGCGUUGAACGCGCAUCGACGAUUGAAGAAUUCCAUCAUCGUGAUGGAUCUUAUUCCGGAUUUAGACGAAUUAGCGAGCGAUUUAACGAAAGGCUCUUCGAGUACCGGUCAACAAAACCGUUUGUCGAUGGCACAAGAGGACGCUUUACGAGCCGCCUUCUCGAUGUUUGAUGGUGGCGGCACCGGCGCUCUGAACGAGAGAGAGCUGAAGGAUGUCUUGAGAGCAAUCGAUGCCGUCGUUGAUGACGACGAAGUUCGUUUGACCGAACUGGCGAAAGAAGUAGCCCAUGACGCUGCAAAACUUGGAUUGCCUUCCUCUGGCGCGGGCGUUACGUUUGAAGAGUUGAAAAGAGUCAUCCGUCAAAAGAAUAUUUACGCGUUGCAAAACGGCCGAUAUUACGUUGGCGUUUCCUUAGCGGAAGCGGAAUCGAUUCGCGUCGCCAUGCACUUUUCCGAUUGCGACGAACGAUCGAAUGGCGAUAUCGUCAAGUUUAAGAACGUGCAAGUUGCGUUGCGCAUUGCUGGUGGAACCUUGUUGGAAGGGUCGAGGAGAUACGCACCGGCUGGCGUGUUCCAAGGGGCAACGGCGGAACAAUGCUUCCGAUUUCUCGAUUCGCAACUCGAUUUCGAAGAAAGAGAAGUUUCUCUACUUCUCCGCGCUUUACAGGAAGCACCGUGCGAUAAGCGCGCAGCUUUCUUCGAUGCCGUUCGAAACUGCAGACGCCGUCCGAGGAUUCCGUGGCAAGAAACGCCAUUGGCGAAAGCUUUGACGACGGCAGACGAGUUUCAUUUACUCGCGAGUCGCGCGCUUACUGCACGUGUACGCGCGCAAUUGAAGAGGAAGCGCAUGCGUUUAUUAGAUUGUUUCCGAGCGUUUGACGUGGAACGAGCUGGUUCAUUAUCAUACGAAUCCUUAUACGGCGGUUUGUCUUGGUUAGGCGUGGAGUUAUCACCGACGCAAAUGUUGGAUUUGGCGAAACGAGUCAACGUUUCGGGUACCGGCGUCGUCUCUAGAGAAGAGUUUGAAAUCGCUUUUGGACCGGACGAUGAUUGGCAGAAGGAGUGGGAAGAAGAAGAUCGCGUGAAUGCUGUUGGAGGUGGUCAUAAAUACCAUCAAAAUGCGAAUGGCAACACAAGCAUGAACAACAUGAUGAUGGAGUCUCAAUUCCCAUCCAACCGAGACGUGAUUCCAGCGUCUUCAAAUAACAGCAUCGACGAUUUACUCGGUGGCGCCGGUCCACCACUCCCCAGAUACGAUCAACAGCCGGUUUCUCACCAACAGAAGAAAAAAGUUGUGAAUACAACUGCAAACGUAUCCAUUGACGACGGUACCGGUUUAGGCGAUUGGGCGUCCAUGGGCAUGGCGGCGACGUUGCCAGACAUUGCUCCAAAGAAACCGGCGCCGGUGGCGACGAAAUUAUCCGGACACGUUCCGUCUCGAGACGACCCGUUUGGAUUGGGGAGUAAGAAAGCUGGUGUUACUGCUGCAACACAUUCUGCUGCGCCUCCACAACCGGAAAUGCUCGCCUUUGAAGAUUGGCUUUCCGGCGACGUGAGCAACUCGCUUUCGCAAAACCUGCGCAACUCGACCACUGCGACUGGCGAUUUGAUGGGGGGCUCAAACACCAUGCGCAAUAAUCAAGCGUCCGGAGCGGCAGCCAUUGAAGAUGCUCGUGCAAACAUCUCGGCAAAAUCUUUGCAUAAAGAAUCUGACCGAGAAAAGAUGCGCAAAGAUGCCGCUUCAGAUGCAAAGCUUACACGCGAUGUCGUUCGUAACUUUGCAGUUUCUUUGGUUCAUCACAAAAAUUUCACUCGCAGUUGGAGUUCGGAAGGUACUGGGAGUCGAAAAUUUGGCACGACUUGGUUUCCAACGGGCGUAGUUGCCGCGUUUCCGUCGAGUUCAGACGUGUCUAAGUUGUCUAAGAAGGAGCGUAUAAACGUUGGGUAUUUUGCCUCCUCCAGUCGAGGCGGACCAGCCGCGGAUGGGGCGUUCGCGUUCGAAGUUAAUGACGGCAGCGCGUUCGCGCUCACGGGUUCGCAAAAUAUGCCAAGAAUGAUUGAGCGCUUAUUUCCUUUACCGGUUCGCUUUAGACAGAUUUUUGCGCAACAGUGGAAAUCAUCGGGGUUGUUUGCCUGGUUACCGAUAGCCCCGCCCGGUCAUAUCGCUUUAGGCAUGGUGUUCACAAGCAGCGCGGAAGCGCCUUCGAUUGCGAAAACGAACGUCCGGUGCGUCCCGGAAAUAUGGUGCGAACGUCCGUCAGUCGCGCCUAAAAUGGUAUGGAGUAACGAAGGGAGUGGCGGUGCACCGUGUUCAAUUUGGCGAGUAAACUCGUUGGGUAUGUGCUACGCGAAAGUCGGGUUCGAUGCUCCACGACCGGAAGAAUUGUGGGAUAUAAAGCGCGGGAAUUUAAUUCCCGCCGAAGCGUUUAAUAGCAUUCGGGUUGACGUCAACCAAAACUCGAACUUGCACAAUUACAAGACUUCGUACGGAGGGACAGGGAUAUCCUCGGAUUCUCCCGGAGCACCUUCGAGGACUGUUGCGAGAAGUAGUACAGGUCAAGCAAGACAAACUGGAUAUAGACCGAAUCAAGAUCAUGGUCGUGGCGGGUACGGCGCGUCUUCAUUGAUUUGA